CUGUCCACUGCACAACCACUCCUCUUUAUCCAGAGCAGAGCAGCGCAAUUCCUGAAGCCAUCAUCACCAUGCAAUCCAGCUUCAGAUCCUCAAGUAGGUCCUCGGUGAGCUCCUCCACCGGAACCUCACGGAUCUCCAUGAGUGGAGGGAGCACCAGGGUUCAGAGUCACCGAGCCUCCAGUGUGUACGCUAGUGCUGGUGGUGCUGGGAGGCUCAUGUCCAGUGCCUCUAGCUCUGGAGGCUAUAGCGCUGGGGGCUUCAGCGCUGGAGGCUUCAGCGCUGGUGGAGGAGCAGGUGGCUUCAGUAUGGGAGAUGCCAUGAAUUUCUCCACAAACGAUAAGGCCACCAUGAAGAACCUGAAUGACCGUCUGGCUGCUUACCUGGAGAAGGUGCGCUCCCUGGAGAAGGCCAAUGCUGACCUUGAGCUGAAGAUCCGCCAGUUUGUGGAGAGCAAGACCUCUCCCACUGCUCGGGACCCCUCUGCCUUCUUGGCCACCAUAAGAGAACUGCAGAUUAAGAUCCAGGAUGCCAUUCGAGUCAAUGGAACCUUUCAUCUCAGCAUUGACAACGCCAAGCUGGCUGCCGAUGACUUCAGACUCAAGUAUGAGAAUGAGCUGGCCAUGAGGCAGUCUGUGGAAGCAGACAUUGCCGGUCUUAAGAGAGUCCUAGAUGAGCUGACAUUGUGCAGAUCAGACCUUGAGAUGCAAAUCGAGGGUCUGAAGGAAGAACUUAUCUUCCUUAAGAAGAACCAUGAGGAGGAGCUCCUGGGCAUGAGGACUCAGAUGAGUGGUCAGGUGCAUGUGGAAGUGGAUCCUGCACCACAAGCAGACCUCAGCAAAGUUAUGGCAGAAAUCCGUGAGCAGUAUGAGGCAGUAGCAGCCAAGAACCAAAGAGAACUGGAAUCUUGGUUCCACACUAAGACAGAGACGCUGAACAAAGAAGUUGUCUCCAGCGCAGAAGUAAUGCAUCAAUCGCAAACUGAAAUAAAAGAAGUCAAGCGUACCCUGCAAAGUCUUGAAAUUGAGCUGCAGUCCCAGUUAAGCAUGAAAGCAUCCCUGGAAGGCACACUGGCAGAAUCAGAAGCUCGGUAUGCUAGGCAGCUUGCUGGCUUCCAAAUGCACGUAACCAGCAUAGAGGAGCAGCUGAUGCAGCUCCACGCUGACUUGGAACGUCAACGCCAAGAGUACAAUGCGCUGCUGGACAUCAAGACACGCCUGGAGAUGGAGAUCGCAGAAUACAGAAGGCUGCUGGAAGGAGAGUCCACAAGCUCCUCAACAACAACCACGACACGCAAGGUGGUGACAAUUGUGGAGGAGCUGGUGGAUGGAAAGGUGGUCAGCAGCUCCAGUUCCACUACUUCCACUGCCAGCUCCAGUUCUAAACCCAAAUGAGAGAGGCAGCCAAGACAAUAAAGCAAAAUCAAAUGCUGGACUUUAUAUGAUGUGAUUCUUGUUCUUUUUUUGUUAAUUUGCGAGUGAUGAAUAGGAGAAGAGUUCCAGGAACAAAGGUAGAACACAAAUAUUGCACACAGAGAAAGAGCCAACCAUGGGAACCAAGCACAAACGCAGGUGUGAGGCUGCAGUGCUGUACACCGCAUGACCCUAUGUGAUUGUAAUUCAUGACAAAAAGAGGCAAUAAUAUCAAUCUAAAGUAAUAACAAGGUUGUAGCUCAAAAAUGUGCCAUUUCUUUUCCUUAUCAUGCAGCAAAUGUAUAAGAUGGUAUACAUUUCCUAAUAAAUCCUAAUAAAUUUCCAGUUCAGCAAA